AUGUUCAAGAGAAUGGCUGAGUUCGGGCCUGACUCCGGGGGAAGAGUGAAGGGUGUUACUAUUGUGAAACCUAUAGUUUAUGGAAAUGUUGCACGUUAUUUUGGAAAGAAGAGAGAGGAAGAUGGACAUACACAUCAGUGGACGGUUUAUGUAAAGCCUUACAGAAAUGAGGAUAUGUCUGCUUAUGUGAAGAAAAUUCAAUUUAAACUACAUGAAAGCUAUGGUAAUCCUUUAAGAGUUGUUACCAAACCACCAUAUGAAAUCACUGAAACGGGUUGGGGUGAAUUUGAAAUCAUCAUCAAGAUAUUUUUUAUUGAUCCCAAUGAAAGACCUGUAACUUUAUAUCAUUUGCUGAAGCUGUUUCAGUCUGACACCAAUGCAAUACUGGGAAAGAAAACUGUAGUAUCCGAGUUUUAUGAUGAGAUGAUAUUUCAAGAUCCUACUGCUAUGAUGCAGCAGCUUUUGACAACAUCUCGUCAGCUAACUCUAGGAGCUUAUAAGCAUGAAACAGAGUUUGCAGAUCUUGAAGUAAAAACCAGGGAAAAGCUGGAAGCUGCCAAAAAGAAAACCAGUUUUGAAAUUGCUGAGCUUAAAGAGAGAUUAAAAGCAAGUCGUGAAACUAUCAACUGUUUAAAGAGUGAAAUCAGGAAACUAGAGGAAGAUGACCAGUCUAAAGAUAUCUAACAAGUAUCAAUUUGAUAGAGACUUUGCUGUAAAUAAAGGGACUUGGAUCAUGGAACAAUGUUAACGUAUUCCCUCAAAUUUCAUAGAGGGGACUAUGUACAGUUUCAUCCAUGAAUUUCAUUUCAAAAGAUUGUUGCAUGUGAGGCCAGCUUUACAGAUGAAAAAUGUCCAGUGUUUAAACUAUAGAAGUAUGUGAAUUUUUUUAUUUUUUUUAAUCAUUUUAAAGAAUGUAAUUCUUUUGAAAUCAGACUUUUUAAAAAUUGCAUUGAGUGCAGCAUGGUAACUUUGUAAUAAAUCUCAGGUUACUAUGAUUUACAACA